GCGAGACCCAGAACAUACUUUACACUUAGCGGCAUCGACAAAGCACUUACUGCGUCCCUCCUGCGAAAGGAAGCUGAGCUUAUAUCGUUUUUCUGUCUCACGGAGCAGGCCCCCGACCGGAUUCGAAACUAGUGGUUGACGUUUGCUUUCCCUGGCCGUCGGAAGCCAUUAUUUGUCACAGACCCACCCGUGGAGGUGAACUCUUAGCAAGCCGCCUAUCACAACCUCUAACAGCCGCCUGAAAUCCCUUCGCCAAAAAAACGCAAACAAAAUGGCGCGGAAAAAGGGUGGAAGGAACAAGCUCAACCGGCCGAACACCGCGUCCAGAGACGAAAUGGAGGACUACAAAGUCGGAGCGUCGGCUGACUUGGAAAACGUCGGUCUCGACUCGGAGGAUGAGUUUCAUCAACAGCGGGAGUCUAUCUCCAUAGAUGAUGCCAAGUUGUACCAAAGGCGCAGGCGCGGACAAGACGAGGACGAGGAGGCCGACGAAGACGUUUUCGGGUUGGGGCUGGAAGACUCUGACGAUGAGGACGACGAGGAUGACGAGGAUGAGGCUCUGCUAAAAAAGCUGCAGAUGGGGCUGAAAGGCGGUGCAGGUCUUGACAGCGACGAUGACGUCUAUGGUCAGGAGGAAGAUGAAGCUGAAGCAGCCGGGAAGACAUCGAAGAAGAAGGGUGCAAAUGCCGAUGAAAUGGAUGAAAGGGCAUGGGGAAAGUCGAGGAAGAUGUACUAUGACGCGAACGAUGCCACGGAUGAGGAGGACGCGAAAGCUGAAGAGGAGGAAGCGCUUCGAUUGCAACGUCUCCGAGUGAGCCAGAUCCGGGAAGAGGAUUUUUUGGAUGACUUUGGCGACAGCUUUGCGAAGCGAGUCGCAGGCGAGACUACAACCGAAGCGACACCCGUUACAAUGGACGAGGACGAUUUAGAUCAUCUUGGACUAUCCUCAUCUUUCCCGCUCAACCUACUUCCUUCCGCAUUGACGGAAGUGGAGGUCGUUUCGAAGGACACUAGCUCCUUGCCUCAGGAGGAGCUUGUAAAGAUUGCGGAAGCUAGCAUUCCUGACAUUGUCGGCUUGCUUGCUGAAUUCCGGGAACGAUGGGAGGAGUGUCGGGAGGUCGUCGGGCCAACCCUGAAAUGGAGCUGCAAGCCAGAAGACGGCUCCAUCAAAUCGGGUAUUGCUCGGGCAAGAGAGUACUUGGAACUUAAAUACCGUCUGUUGGUGACAUAUUCCACAAAUGUGGCCUUCUACCUGUCAUUGCGCGCAAACCCGCCAGCUGGUGUCAACGUCCAAUCUCACCCAGUUGUCCAAUCACUUGUUCAGUUACGUGAGUUACUGGCGAAUCUCGAAGCCCGGGUCGAAGGAAAGGUGGAUUCCGACGAUGAUGAAUCGAGUGAAGCUGACAGCGAUGAAGACGCCGCAGCGCAAAGGAAGAGGAGAAAGAGGAGGAGAAAGGAGAAGAGGCGCUUGCGUCGGGGCAUGCCAGAUUUGCAGGCCGACAUCGAGGCUCUGAUAAGCGGUGAGGUUGAGGUCGAGGAGCUCGAAGUGGAAGAGCAGGAAGAUGCGGACGAAGGGCUCGAAGAGGAGUCCGAGGAAUUCGAAGCACCAAAAACGAAGCUAGCGAAGAAGACGAAGGCUGCACGGGAGGUGAAUGGAAAGAAGUCGGCGAAGCAGUACGAGAUACCGGAGGAAUCCUACGUGCCAAUCGGAAAGGACAAGAAGAAGAAGUCUGUCCAGGCUAAAGCCGCUCGUCAGAUCGCCAACGACUUUGGGGAAUCGAAUGAGAUUGAUGAACUGGACAUCGAUGACAAGAUCGCGCGGAAGAGGAGUCUCAAGUUCCAUGUGACAAAAGUUGACCAGGCUAUCACGGCACGGCAAAAGCGGCUUGCCCGCAACGCCGGAGGUGACGAUGACAUCCCCUACCGCGACAAAUUCGGCAAGCUCAUCAUCCCCGGAGCGGAACAGCCCGAAACGAAAGCCGUCCAACCGUCACGCCUGUUUGGAAAGCCAGACGACCUAGAGAACAACUCGGACAACGAGGGUGCCGACAUGGGCGGCCUCGAUAACGGCUUCGGUGAGAUGCCUGACUUUGACAAGGAAGCGCCGGCAAAGGGACGCAAGCGCACUCGCGGCGAUGACGCCGAGGAAGAUGAUGCGCCAGAAGUGGAUGAAGACGCUCUUGCAUAUUACGAGAACAUCGCAUCUGCGAAGAAACAGAAGAAGAGUGAGAAGGACGACAGGAUACGGGUCGAGAAGGAAGUCGCAGCCGAAAUGUCGAGAUUCGACGAUCCCGAUGCCAUGGAAGAAACCCGCAAACGACCUGCGACCUACAAGAUCCUCUCCAACAAGGGUCUCACCCCCUACCGUCCGAAAGAAGCGCGCAACCCACGUGUCAAGAAGCGCAUGCGUUUCGAGCAAGCACAAAAGAAACUCAAGAGUUUCAAGAGAGUGGUGCAGAAGGAGAGCAAGGCUGGCUAUGCGGGAGAAACGACCGGUAUCAAGAAGGAUUUGGCCAGGAGUGUGCGGUUCGCCAAAUGAGUGGGGAUGGGAGUAUGGUAACCUGCUAGGUUCUUAUUCAUUGUUCAUAUACAUAGACGCAUCAUCUGUAGCUAUCAUUCGAG